AUGGGCCCGCACCGUCUGCUCUACCAGGCUCUGUGCAAAGCCGGCGAUAAGUUCGUUUAUCCGAUCCUUCCGGCCUUCGCCAAGCCUGCCUGGAAUCACGCCGCCGGCCCCAAGACUGUUUUCUUCUGGGCUCCCACCAUUAAAUGGGCCCUCGUUGGAGCCGGACUCGCCGAUUUGGCCAGACCCGCCGAUAAGCUCUCUGUUUACCAGGUGAGCAUUGAUUGUGAAACAAAAAAACAUAAAUUACUGAACAGAACUCUGCUUUGUUCGCCACCGGCGCCAUCUGGACUCGUUACUGCCUGGUCAUCACUCCGAUCAAUUACUAUCUGAGCAGUGUCAACUUCUUCGUCAUGUGUACCGGACUGGCUCAGCUGUGCAGAGUUGCUCACUAUAGGCAAUCCUCGACUCCUCGCGCCCAUCAAACUUAUUCUCUUCGUUUCAGGUACCAAAACCCCGAUUGGGAAGCGAAGGAGAUCAUGGAGACUAACUGA